AUGAAUUUCGGCGAAGAAGGAGAGCUUUUAAGACAGAAAAGAAGGGAGGAGGCUCGUCUUUAUGCCGAAGACUUGAGAAAGCAGAUGGAAGAAAAAGCAAAUAAACCACCUACACCAGAUUUUUAUUCAUCAAAUGCGGAUUACGGUCAACCAAAUUAUCCAUCGCUUAAAAACAGAUAUCAAAAAUACCAACAAGGUCAAUAUGACAACGUCAGCUAUCAACCAAAUCAACAGCAAUCUUUAAUUCGUAGACAAGGUUACGGAAAUCAACAAAGCGGCGCCAAUUCUUCACUUUCAAACAUAGGAGAUUCACCUGUUGAUAAUGCACCUCUCAGUCCUGCAGGAGGAUACGGUUCUCCAGGAAAAGCAUUAGCUCCGGUAGGAAGGCAUGUAUCAGGUGUUUCUCAUUCUCCACGCUUAGACCCAUUACCAGACUUAGCACCACCUGCUCCUUCAGGUCCUUCACCAGAUAUCAUCAGAUUUGCUGAUCGCCUUUCCUGGUUAGAGAGUUCUGUUGAUCAGCAUCAAUCAAUACUUCGUGCUGCAUCAGAUUGUGCAACACGUCUUGAAAGAACAGCAAUACCUUCUUUAAACGAUGGUGUUCAACAAUUAAGGCAAGCUUUAGAUCGUGUAGCUUCAGUAGAUCUUCCUGGACGUAUCAGACCAUUGGAAGAAGAGAAUGCUCGUCUUGAAGAACGUAUUUCAUCAUCAGCAAAUGAUUAUAUCACUCAAGCUCAAUCACUUCGCGACAGAUUAAACGAAACAUCAACAGUUUUUACUCAGACUACACAGAAAUUCAAUGAUUUCUCCGAUUCAGUCAAAUCUACUUUACUAGAAUUUAAAUCUCAAAUCAGCAGAGGCAGAGAUGCCCAUGACAGCCUUGCUCAACGUAUUGCAGGCUGCGAAAGUCGAUCCUCUCAAAUAGAAGAGAGUCUACGAGCAGUUUCUUCCGCUCUUUCCAACUUUGAAAGAAGUGCAAGUGAUUCAAUUUCGAAUUCCCAGAGCCAAAUGAACUCUUCGAUAUCAGCAGCCGCACUACAGAUUGCAGAAGAUAUUAAACACGAGUCAGAUGCAAGAGAUCAGGCAACAAUGGUAAUUCAUAAUCAAACUGAAGAAGUUAACCAAAGAAUAGGCUCAGCAGUAUCCAAUGUACAAGGAGUAAUCAGUGAUUUAAGCUCAUCCUUCAAGCAAUCAUUGACUGCUUUGUCUAAUUCCGUUCGAGAUGCAUUAGAAGACACAAGAGCCACUUCCGAUCAAAAGUACCAAGAACUAUCCGACAGAUUAGACAAAAUUGUUGCAGAUACAGACAGCAAUUUCAAUAGUGUCCAAAACGAAGCUUUAGAUGCAUUGGCAGCCAUCAACGACCAAGCGACGAAAUCGAGAGAUGCGUUAGAGGCAGCACUUACUCAAGAGUGCGAUAUCAGAAGAAAGAACGAAAAGCAGAUUGCCGCCAAAUAUGAGAAUUUCAUGUCUUUAAUUGUAAACGAAAUGCAAUUACAGACAUCCCAAAUGGAAGAAAUGACCAACCAAGCAACAGCUCAGAUCAUUCAACAAGCGAAUGAACAACUUGUUCCUCUUAGAAACGAAGUUCAAGCAAUAAGAGAGAGAACAAGUGGAAUUGACGCAAUUAUUGCUAAAGCAAACCAAACAGAGAAUUUGAUUUCGCAGUUAAAUACUCAACUGAUGGAAAAUGUCGCUCAACUCGGAAGACAAAGUUCUACAAUUGUUUCUUCUCUUCAGAAAAUAAGAACUGAAUCAGAAGAUACAAUGCAGCAAAUGCAGGAAAGACUGCAUGUUGUUGAAGAACAAGAAACUGUUCCACAGUUUGCAUCAAGAAAAGAAGUUCAAGACGCAUUUGGAAGAUUGGGAAUGGACUUUGAUGGAAGAAUGCAGGAAAUCGAACAACAAAUUGGUGUGAUUUUCUCGCAGUUGUCGGAUUUGACUAUGACAAUGCCAGCUCCAAAGCAGCAGAGAGAAGCUGGAUCUGAGAUUCUUGAUAAGCUGGCAAAUGAAGCACAAGGCAAAUAA